AGAAGAUGUUGUAUCGUCGUUGACUAUACUUUUAAUCGUCCUUGCAUGUUGUCCUGCUUGAAAUGAAAAAGAGGGCUGAAUCAUGGUCCAUGAUUCGGCAGAAGGAGAUUUCUCCUUCCGCGACUAUUUGUCCUGCAAACUGAACUUCGUGAAGUGGCCACCUUGUGGUACAGAUCCGGAGACGUCUCGCACCAAGAAGGCCUCCUGGCUUGGUCGUUGCUGUCGACGCUUGAAAUCCACAGGUGAAGAACCAGAUCUGGAAGCAGGAGUCCCACCGGCUGUGAGCAAGACGCAUAGCAAGAUCAGCAGAGGCAACUCGGUAAGCUUUGCCAGUGCCCCGUCGUCCACUUCUGCGAAUGAGGAGUUGAUGUCGCACGCUGUGCCCUUUGAUCCGGAAGAGUUCCUACGGCCGGUUUGUCAGUCAGACCUCGUGGACAGGUUCUACAGCAAGCUAGCAGCAGAGUAUGAGGCUGCUGCUGCUGCCUCUGCAUCUGGACUGGCAGAGGAGGGUCUGUUGCCAUGGCGAGAUUCGGGUGCGGCCUUUUCCCUUUCGCCCACCACGAAAUCUGAGAACAUGGCAUCGUCACGAUCCUGGAAUGUGGGACCCGCAGACAGCAGCUCCUAUGCCGCGACGCGCAGGGCGAGUAGCCUGGGCGAUGCGUCCGCCUUUGGUCGAUUGGAUGCCGAAGACACGGAGCCAAGCCAUGUUCCUUCGAAGGAUGAUGAGGGGCAAUCUCCAAAGGCCGCGCCCGAGGUGCAGUUGGAGCAUAACCCUGAGCGGAGCCCACCGGCGCGGCCUUCCCGUCCCUCGCGGAGUGCACCGCUCAUCUCGUUGGAGUCCAUUGACGAUGUGAAUGUGGAAGUGAUCCGCAGCCCAAGUGGCCAAGUGAAGCAAAAGCAUUUGGUUUUUGCCAUGGUGGAGGAGGAGCCGGUCUUCAAAACGGCCUUGAAGUCAGUGCAAUUCGUUGGGGUGGAUUCGAACGCUCCGGAGGAAAGCCCGACGAGGAACAGAUUGGCAGAUGGUGCAGGGCCAUUGCCACCGCGGGAGGAGAAAGCCAUUGAGACAUCUCCUCGUGGGGAUGCAGAAGUCACCUCCUGUGUCCAGGAUGUACAUAUUGAGCUGGACCUGGAGGACAAAAAGAAAGAACGGAGGAGAGAAAGUACUUCGAGCGCUGAGUCCAAAACCGUGCCUCGAGUGCCAAGAGUCAGUGACGAGGAUGCCUUGGCUGCGCUCGAGGUUGCUCAGUGGCAGCCUCGCAAAGAUCAAACGAAGGUUCCGACACAAUGCUCAUUGUCCACAGAGGAACGCGAGGAUUCACCAAGCCCCUUGCCAUCGCCUCCGGUGGCGCCCGCCACUCCGGCGCCGGGGGCGAGUCCAGGGCCUUCGAGGAGUAGGGCUGCAGCCGCGGCUGCUGCAGCAGCGGCUGCAAUGACAGGUGCUGCUGCUGGGGCUCGUUCAGCUAUGUCUGCAGCUGGCAACCGGGUGAGCAUUGGAGGGGCUGCUUUGGCGACCUUGGUCAGUCCGGAGGCUGCUCCAGAUCGCGCCUCUCGGAGCUCGGUGUUCAGCGGGCGUUUCAUGCCGCUGUCCCUGUGGGCGCAAGCGGAGAGCACCACACCACCGCCCUCCGGACCGGGGUCUCCCGAGCAGAAACAGGAUGUGAAGCUGUCAGAAGUGCUGGACGGAGAUUCUCCUGUGCAAGAAGGUGAAAAGAAAGCGGAGAGGUUGCAAAAGAUGCCAUCGAAGGAAAGUGCUGGUGCCGCUGAGGCAGACGCCGCCCACUGCGGCCACGCGACGUUGCCCACGCCGCCGAUCGCUCCAGCGGAGAGGAAGGGAGCUACGAGAGGAUCCUCUGCACCUCCGGACCCAUGCAGAUCCAAAUCUGAUGGAGAAGAGGAACGUGCCGUGCUUCCCCGCCCGAUGUCAGCUGACUCGAUGGCUGAGAAGGAUCGGAAAGCUGUCUCCAGCAUGAAGCUGGUGGUGACACCCACGAAGGAAGCGGAUGCGAGUCCUCCCUUCACAGCGAGCCUGGCGUCCACAUCUUCCCCAGUGAGGGGCCGUCAAGGUAGCAAGCACAUGACUUCGACCUCGCGCGGACAUCUGUCCCCCAGCCCCGCAGGUCCCGCGACGCCUCAGGAUUCCAAGGUGGAGCGAGAGGCCCGAGAGGAGCUUCAAAUUUCAAGGUCCAAUUCGCGGCCACCGGCCGAGUCUCCGAAGGAUGGUGCAGAGCGUGAAGAAGUUUUGCCUGAUGUACUGUUUUCUGCACCACCCGCUGAGCCAGAUGACCGUAUUUCAACCACCAGGAUGCCAUCAGUCGUGCCAACUGAGGCAGGGGACACCCCCCGAGCUGCCUUUGCAGAGGCCACGGAGACGAGGGCGAUUGAAGUGGUAGAGGCAGAGACAGCAACACCUUCGCCGCACUCCGAGGAGCUGAGGGCCUCUCAAGUCGAAUCCAGAGAAAGCCAAGAGAGUCACGUUUCCAGUAUUGAAAGUGCGUCCCCCGAGCGGCGGCGACACACACACUUUUUAGGUCCGUGUCAAAGUGCACAGACCAGCAGGAGCCGCAGCGGGAGCCGGAAGAGUUGCAUCGCCUCGGUUGGACCAGAACAUCCGGAGUUGCGAGUGUCAACCUCCUUGUCUGGUCCAGAAGGUAACUCUGACGGCCUCCGUGCUCGCAUGCCAUCCCGCCCUUGUUUCGCGGACAGGUCUGCUUCGCCUGUGACCGAUGAAGUCCUUCCGGUCAAUACGGUGGACUUUACUUUUGCAUGUGCAGAUGACGGCGUUGAUGAUGCUGCAGGCCCAACAGCCACUAGAAGCGAGGAGGAGACCACCAUAGCGGAGGAUACCCAAGCCUCCGAUGGGUGGUGCAUGUCCAACUCGUCAACUGCUGUUGGGGCUGACGUGAAGAUAUUCAGGCGAGAGGAGCAUCGUCCAGAGAUGGAAUCGACCGUGGAUCCUUUUGAGGUGAAGAGAAUUGAGACUCGAAAGGAAGUCGAGGAGUUGGAGCCGAGUUUCGCAGAGGAGGCAGAUCCAAAGACGGCCUCCGAGACCUCUGCCGCGGCCUGGGGUACUCUGGACGAAGACCAUUUCUCGGAAGGACUGGAUGCACGAAAAAGUGUGCCAAGAGGGCGGAGGAAAGAGGCGAAAGAGGCCAGAAGGCAGAGGAAUCGUGGCCGUAGUACAAGUUACCAAGAUGCUCUUGAUUGUCUUAGACUUCAGGCUGGACUAGGCAUGGAACUCACUGUUUGCCGAUGACCCUCGCACUUACCUGGGCGAAAGGAAUUCGGCAGAGCAUGCUCCAGCUGAAGUUUGUGGUUGUUUUUCUAGGAUGCCUAUGCUGUGUUCGCUCGGGGCAUUGUUCCAG